AUGUUUUUGACCAAAAACAUAAGCAAAACCCAACGCUACAUGUUUUCUACUUCCCAAUAAGAAAAAUUAAUUUUCAUAGCAGCCGGUAGUCCUUCCCACGACCUCCAAGCUUCCAGAUUUAUGCAAUCUUUAAAUGAAAAUAGUAAUAAUGAAUACACAUUCAUAGGCAUAGGCGGUCCUUUAAUGCUCUAAUAAGGUUUACGUACAUCCUAUGAUAAUAUGAAUAAAUUUUUAGAUAAACCCUUCUUUCCUUUGAAAAAUUUUUUACGUUUCCAUAUAGCUAGAGCAUAUCACCCAUACAUGGCCUACACACACUAUGCAAAUAGUAAAGUAUUACGUCAUCUCCGAAAAGAAACCAAUUUAUUCGAAGAUAUCGUAAAUAAAAACAAAGUUCCAAGUGCUUUUAUUACGUUUGGGAACGAAUUUUUCAUGCAAAAGCUUUAUGUGGAUGUUUUAGAGACUUUUGAAGUGAAUAAAUUGCUAAAACCACCUACUUUUUUCUAUAAUAGGUCCCGUUUUUUCCAAAGAUAUGAAUUUAUGGAAUAUUUAGACCAUUUUUUCUACACUAUACCCGAAGUUUAAUACAAUUACUUCAAUAAUUUCUAAUUUCCCUCCACUUGUGUCGGACAUGAAGGCGUAGGAAGGGCUAUUUAGUAUCUUUUUUAAAAAUCUAAAGCUCAUCCAAAUAAUCUUGCGAGUUAAAAUAGUUUAAGAAUAGCUAAAGACCCUUAAUAACAUAAAGAAAUAGUAGAAAAACUUGUACAAGAAUAAAGAAAUAUUUCUAGAAAAGAACUAAAUAUUCCCGAAAAAUAACACGUAUUUUUACUAGUACCUGGUAAUACUAAAAACGAAAUUAAAUUUGCUGUAAAAUUGCUUUCAAAGACCAUUACUGAAUUCUUCAAAAUUCCCUAAUUACAAAAUGUAUCCAAAUAAGACUUUUCUAUCAUUAUCACAGCCGACUCUGCCGAAAACAAAUCAUAUAUCGACGGGCUUUUAUCAUAAAAUCCCAUUAAUGGAUUAUAAGUACACACUGUAAAUGGAGAAGAGGAAAAAUUCGCCGCUAUGUGUGCUGCAGAUGUAGGUAUUCCUAUGAAUGGAGAAGUUGUGAGCGAAUGUGCUGCUUUGUAAUUGCCUUCUGUUAUAAUUUCCAAUAUGCCUUUCGUAUGGGCAUAUUUGAACUAACUUUAUAACAAUUUUAAUUCUGAUAUUAACUACUCUAUUAAAGGGGAAGCUUAUCAUGAAUUAAUAUCGACAGCGGCUAAUCCUUAUAAAUUGGCAGAUGAAAUAUUUGAUAUCUAUAACGAUUCUAAAUUAAGGUAUCAUUUUGCAGAUAGGUAUGCUAAUGUUAUACAUGAAAUGAUUCCUAAGAAUUUAACAAGUAGUUCUGCAAGUACUGAGUUGAUGAAUUUAGGAAAAGUCGAAAUAGAAGAAAGAGGAUAUAGCUAUAAUAUUAUGAGUAAUAAGGUAUUAAAAGCAGCUAGAGCUUACGAUUCACUUGAUAAAAAUGUGCCUCAUUUUAAACUUAAUGAAAUUAGAAAUGAAAAAUUAUUAAAAUCUGCUUUUUGA